AUGUGGUACAAGACGAAAACGACCCUUCUCUUCGGUCUGGCGGUCUCACCCUUGCAGUCGGCCCUUGCUCAGAAGGUCGAUCUGAGUUGGCAUGCCCCCAGCAAGACCCUCGUCAACAACCUCACCAAUGUGCUGAGUGACUCGGGAGUCUAUGGGUUCAUCUAUGACUCGUCGGAGACGCCAGACACCGAGUAUGGCACCUAUAACUGGUGUAACAUGCCCCAUGUCAGGAAGGCAGAAUACGUGAAGCCUUCUAGUGAUUAUGAGCUCAAAUAUGUCGAGUUGAUGCAACGCCAUCACAAGCGCACGCCGUAUUCGUCCAACGCCUUCCCAGUCGAGCCAUACCAAUGGAACUGCGACGACCAGGGGCUCUACUAUUUCGGACGCCCAUUCGGCGGUAAAGAUGCCGCUCAGGGCUACUGGGAUGGCUACAUAUCCCCGAUCAACCCGUUCAAGCCCUCUGGUUGGAUCGGCAGCUGCCAGUUCCCCCAGAUCACCGCCUCUGGCCUUGAUGAUUCGUGGCAGCAUGGCCAAGACCUUUACGAGGUCUACCACGAUCUGCUUGGUUUCCUCCCGGGCAGAAGCGAGGACUGGCGGAGCAAGGUUACCUACCGAGUGACCACCAACGUCAUCACCAGCCAGGUCGCCGGCAUGGUCAUCAACGGCAUGUGGGGCGCGACAGACUCUGUCCCCCUGACAGUCCAGGCCUCGGCGGUCGACUCCCUCGAGCCGACGUACUCGUGCGGCGUGAGCAGCAACCUCUUCAACGCCAUCAAGUCGAACAGCAACUCGGACUGGGCCGCGCACCUGACGGCGGCACAGUCCCUGUACGCCACGCUCGACGACAUAUCCGGCGUCAGCCCCUCGGACUCGGGCUUCCACGCCAGCUUCGACCACUACUACGACAACCUCUCGGCACGCCAGUGCCACCAGAAGCCCCUCCCGUGCAAGCUCGUGGGCGGCGCCAACAGCACAACCUGCGUGACCCAGGACAUGGCCGAGGCGGUGUACCGCCUGGGCAACUGGGAGUACAGCCAGAUCUACCGCGACGCGCCGGCCUCGCUCGCCGCCAGCGCCGCCUCGCUCGGCGUGUGGGUCGCCGAGCUUGCGGCCCACCUCCGCGCCGCCGUCUCCGGCAAUUCCCCGACGCUGUACCUCCACAACGUCGCCCACGACGGCUCCGUCAGCCGCCUGCUGUCCGUGCUGCAGAUCGACGCCAUGGUCUGGCCGGGGAUGGGCAGCGAGGUGGUGUUCGAGCUGUGGCGGAAGAAGAAGGGGGACGAGACGCCGACGCCGACGCCAUCCCCUGGCGUCGUCGCCCCGGGCUGCAGCCACAACAACUGCCUCCGCCAGAUGAUCCGCCAGUCCGCCUCCGCCAGCGCGUUCUGCCCGACCUUCACCGCCGCGUCCGCCGCGUCCGCGGUCCCGACGUGGCUGUCUAACUGCAAGGGCAGCGCCGAGGCUGUGGCGUCGGCGUGCGCGUGCGUCGUGACGCCGACGCAGGCGGCACCGACGCCGACGGCGGGUGCGACAACGGGCGGUGAUGGUGGAUACUAUGUGCGGGUGCUGUUCGGCGGCAAGGUGCUCAAGUCGUCGAAUCCGAGCCUGGGGGUCAUGGAUAUGGUCCCUGUCGAGACUCUGCUGGCUUACUUUGAUGGGCUGGCGGGAGAGGGAGCGAGUCUCGUCAAGGGGAAAUGCGAUGGCUCGAUUGCAGUGUAA